AUGGCAAUCACGAUCACUCGCCGCACCCUUCGGGGGGCAGAGAAGCAGAUAUUCGACUUCAUGGCAGAUACCUGCAUACCCGAGCAAUGGGCGGCCUGGCUCAGCGCUGCUGUGGUGAACGCCGCUGACACAGGAAAGGCAGGCCUCGUACAGAAGCUAGCGACGUCAGGAGCAGAGAUAGGGGUUGCAAUGCACGCGGCGGCGUUGCGCGGCGAUCAGGAGGUCGCCAACAGUCUGCUACAGAACGGAGCAUUAAUACACGACACCUUUGAUGGCUUUACCCUGCUCCACGAAGUAGUGCAGAAGGCCAACGGAGGCCUGGAGGGGAACGUCAAGCAGAUGUGGGAAGGGACUAGUGGAAUGGCAUACGACACCGUAUGGAGAAAUGGGUUGUGGAAACAACUGUCCAAAAAGGGGAAAAUGUGGAUAGUGCUGAAGAAGAUGACAGUGUACGAAAAGCGCGGUCAUGCCGCGGUCAUGCUAGACGGAGAACUGUCCAAAUUCUUCGACAUUGAGCAGGGGGUCCCACAAGGUUGCACGCUGUCCCCAACAUUGUUCCAGGUGUUCAUCAACGAUCUGUUGGAAGUCGUAGAGGCAGUCCGGAAGGGAGUAAAAGUAGGGGACACGGAAACGUCGGUUUCAGGAAUGCUGUUUGCGGAUGAUUUUGUCGGUAUGUCGGACACCCCUGAGGGACUGCAACUGCAAAUUGACGCGGCGAAGAAGUUUACUGAUAAGUGGAGAUUGUCUGCCGACGUUGAGAAGAGUGCCGUCAUGGUAUGCAACGAGAACAAGGAGGAACCAGUAGAACAUAGAUGGGGAUCGAGGAGAUUGCAGAAGUGGACCAAUGAAAGCAGCGAAAACCAUCCUACGAUGCUCCACGCGCACAAAACGGAGAUGGCACGGUGGUUGCUGCUGAAAGGAGCUAAGAUAGAUGCUGCGGGCCCAAAGUGGACGACACCUCUUCAUUGCUCGAUUGAACGCGGGCAUAUCGCCGUAGUAGAACUUCUCCUGGCAUCCGCUGCCGACGUUACCGUUCGACAGGGUGGUCAUGGUGUCACGCCCUUGGAUGCUGCCGUCGACGGUGGUUUCAUCGAUAUCAUGAAAGCUUUGGUCGAGCACGGUGAAAGUGUCAACUUGGCCUGCACCCUGCGUGGUGCACCUUCGCUGGACUACGCAGCGUACAAAAACAACGUUGGGGCGUUCGACGUCCUCGUGGAGGCGGGGGCCAACAUCCAAGCAACUCGAAUCAAUGGCGAGACACCUCGUCAUGCGGCUGCAGGCAAGCUCAACUUUGAGGCGACCCUUGCGCUACUGAAACACGGCGCAGAUAUGAACGCGCUCGGUCAGACCAGGUGGACCCCGUUACACUCUGCAGUACACUCUGCUGGUGACGAAGGCGCUGUAGAGGUAGUGGAUCUCCUGCUGAGGUGGAACGCAGACGAAGCAGACGAUGAUACUUACGGUCGCACACCUCGCAACCUUGUCGUUCGCAUGGCUCCAGAAACGGACAGAAUGUUUGUGAACGUCCAGCGCGUGUGGAAGCCAUUGCAAUACGCUCCGCAAGACCGAGCGUGGCGCCACCGAGGUAUGCUAGUCCUGUGCCGUGUUCACCCCGAAAGGUUGGUCUACGGCAGAACGCCAGCCAUGUGCAAGAGAGUACGGUGCUGCGGGUAACACGAAGCCGGACCAAGCUGGUCGAGAGGGAACAAGUAGCCGGCGGCAGCGAGUAAGGUGCUACGGCGGAUGGCAGAACCGUUAGCGAGUGGUCCAAUAUGGCGUACAGGGUCCUUGGGUUGGACGAAGGCAUGUUUCGGACGAUUGUAGGGUUUUU